CCAACGCCUGGACCAACCACAGCGACAGCGCCCUGGUGCAGCGGCUGCAACCCGAGAUUGAACGCUUUGGGCGUGUGCUGCGCUGGGUGCACCGCCUCGAGCCGCUCUUCGCCUUCAUACCCAUCAACAAGGUGCUGCGCUGGUGGGGGUUCAGCGACGCAUUCAGAAACGAGAUGGUCUUCCCGCUGGUGGCUCUCUUCUUCGGCACUGGCAACCAGGCGUGCCUGCUGCCCAAUGUGCGCUACUACAACGACCUCAUCGUCACACACCAGGACCAGGGCUACAUGAGCAGGCACUAUGAGCUGCGGCUGGAGCAGCGGGACAUGUACUUUGUGCGCACAGACCCAGCGGACAGGGAGCGCAUUGAGAUGAGCUUCAACCUGUCCAUGUACCAACCACACCUGCAGGGCCGUCGCCCCAUCUAUCAGUCCAUCUUUUUGGACGACACCCACCGCCAGCAUUGGACGGUAGGCGCCAUCGAUAAGGCAAGUGGGCAUCACACGGUGUUGUGGAGGGGCACAGGGGUGCUGGAGGCACCCCGGUGGCCCAAGCUGAUAGCGCCGCAGCUGGCCAAGGUGUUGAAGACACGCAUGACGCGUCAGUUUGCCCACACCUGGCGCCACUUUGCUACCUGGGUGCCCUUCGUCCAAUUCCUGCAGGGUCGGCACCACACCUGGUAUGCGGGCGCCUACACGCUGUUCAACACUCAUGAAAUCGCCACAAUGAGUGGCCUGGCUGUGGCAGAGCGGCUGGGUGCUCCCUACCCCUUUGCACAUGACAAGCUGGCGGCGCAGCAGUUCAAUACCUAUAUGCGCAUUGUGCAUGGACCGUUUGUGCGGCGCAGCACUGCUGCAGUAGUGCGAAUGCAGCAACAACCCGAGGAGGAGUUUUGGCUUGGCCGCCUGUCUGCCCUGUCCAAGCCCCAGAAUCCCGUGUGCAGGUUUCUCUUAGCUGCUGCUGCUGCCAUGGCGCCCGCCGCCGUUCUGCUGGGGGCGUGCCAACCAACCCUGCCCGCCCGCUCCUCAGAAGCGCCGCCGCCAUGCAGGGAUGGUGGCGCCACUGCCAUCCUCGCCCACGUGCCAGCCAGACAGCAGCACUCGGCGUUGCAGCAAAAAACUGCGGACGCACUGGAGCAGCCGCAGCGACAGCAGACGUCCGCCGGCAGCGGGACAGUGACAGGUGCGCCGUCGUCUCCUGCGCUGCAGCCCGACAACCUGUUCCUGGCAGCACAAGUGGAAGCGCUGAAGCUGCAGGUGUCACAGCUGCGCCGCAGCAAUGCGCAGCUGCAGCAGCAGCUGGCAGCAGCAGCAGUGGAGCAGGUAGCGCUGACAAAGCAUGCGUCCCUGCAGCAGCUAGCCCAACUGCGUGCCAGCCUGCUGAGCGCCGAAUCGACAGCAGCCGCUGAAGCGGCUGCCACGGUGCUGCAAUCUGAGCUGGGGGUGCAGCUGCCCUCUGCAGCAGAUGCAGUGCCGCUGGAUUUGGUGCAACGUCUGCAUGACAGUUUCCAGAGCCGGCUGGAGGCGUUGCAGCAACAGCACCAGGCAGCGCUGCGGCGGCUGCAUCAAGCGCAUGAGGCGGCUCUGGCACUGCAGGCGGAGCAGCAUGAGCGGGUGGCAGCGGCGCUGUCAGAUGCGCUGGAGGACCCGGCCCGUGAGGCGGAAGCGGCCCUGCUGCGUGACGACUGCCGCUACUUGAAGGACAAGAUUCAGCAGUUGGGCGCAGAGUACCAGCAGCGGGUGCAGGUGGCGGCGGCAGAGGCACGGCUGAUCGCGCAGCGUCAGGCCGCGGCAGAUCAGCGGCGGGCCCAGCAGGUUGCAGAAGCGGAGCUGGCAGCCGUGCGGAGGCACCUGGCCGAAGUACAGGCGGCGGCGGUGGCAGCGCAGGAGGCUGGGGAGCAGGCGGCGGCUCUGGAGCGGGCCCGGCAUGCUGCGGAGCUGGCCAGGAUGAGAGAGGAGCGUGCCGCCGAGAUGCGAGGUACCAAAGCAGAGCUGGCGGAGGCGCUGGCGGCGCAGCGGCACCGUGAAGGCGAGUACUUCGACCUGCUGGGAGAGCUGCGCGCUCUGCGGUCAGCCAUGAGCUCAGCGGCAUCCAGCCGGUCCGCCACGCGGCAGGGGAUGGAGCACGAGGGGUUGCAUGGGAGCGAGCAGGGGGCUGUGGCCGGGCAGCGCCAUGAGGACCCCAUGCAGCAGGCGGCAGCAGCAGCGAUGGCAGGGCAGCACACUUGGCAACAAGCAGGCACGCAGCCGGGCCAGCUCAUGGUGCCGCCGCCUGAUGAAGAGCACGAGCAGACCCGGCGGGGUUUGCCUGCCGCCUGGGAACAGCCACGGCAGAUGCCUGAAAUGCUGCAGCACCUGAGAGCACGUGACGUGCUACAAAAGCCAUUUGCACGAGACGCUGUCCAGUGA